AUGCAUAUCAAAAAACUGUCGCACUCGCCCCCUGAAACUAAAGUUUCGAUCAAGCGACGGAUGAGUGAUCCGGAUCCACCUUGUAAGGAUGAUGAACCGAAGUUUCUCGGUACGAGCACCAGGGGCAGGAAUCAGCUGUCCUUGACCGACGCGUGGGGCUUGACUCGCUCGGACGACAUCGGCCCCGAGAACAGUUUCAAGCGGGCACGAAUCGCUAAGAAUCCCAAGAAAGAAGCCAAGCCGGCGAAGGGCUCCUCGACACGGGCGGCCCAACCGAUCAAAAUCCCGACUCUUUCCAGCUCGAUCGGCUCGCCCACGCCGAGCCACAGCUCGCUGUUUUCGGUCGAGAGUUCGUGGGACAACUCGGAGCUCAGCGACAUGUUCAACGACCUCGACUUCGGCUUCGACCCCUCCCUGUUCCCGCUCGAAGUCAGCCCGGUCCACGGCCUCCAUCCCUCCUGGCUCGAGCCCCUCAAGACCGUCCUCAUCCUACCCCAGAUCAUCAGCCUCCACCAACAACUCGGCCCGAAUUAUCUCGGCUACGACUAUAAGCGCGGCGAGAAGCCCCUCCAGUGUCAGGCUGAAAUCUCACCCCCGCCCCAAGAUCUCUACAACUGGAGUCGGCUCACCCCCCUCGAUCGCGUCAAAGUUGUCAUCCUCGGCUCUGCGCCCCAUUUUCAGCCCGCUCAAGCCCAUGGCCUGGCAUUCUCCCAGCCCACGACUUGUGCACGCAUUUCAGGCACAAUCAGAAAUAUACACCGAGAAUUGGCGUAUGAAUAUCCGGACAAGUUUGUCCGUCCACACCACGGCUCGCUUGUUUCGUGGGCCCAGGCCGGCGUUCUGUUGCUCAAUAUUGUCCAGACCACGCAGCGGGAUGAUCAGAAGGCGCACGAUAAGCUUGGCUGGCAAGAGUUCACUGCCAAGAUCUUGGAGAUUGUCAGUCGUGACGGCGGCUCGUCCUACACCAACUCCAAUCAAAGAGGUACCUCAAAAGGCAUUGUGUUUAUUGGCUGGGGUGAGGAGGCCACUCAACUAAUCAACUCUGUGGGGGUUCUUUCCUCAAAUAGGCACCAUCAAAUCUUGACGAGUCCAGGAGGCCCUACCCCUUUGUUGUCCAGCAAUCGUGGAUUCUUUAAGUCGAAUCAUUUCCAAAUGGCAAAUCAGUUCCUGAGUGCCACUUAUGGCCCUAAGCAUACAAUCGAUUGGUGGGAUCUGCAACCGCUAGAUCCCUAUUCAGUCUCUCUUUGA